GUUUCGAGUGUUGUAGAAAAAAUUUCGGCGUGGCCGCUUGGAAUGUUGGCACCAUUGUUACUGCCGAGCGAAACCUAACCUCAACUUAAACCUGAACCUAAACAGAUCCGAAUCGACAUCGACUUCCAGCGAGGAGCGUGAGUCACUUUUAAAAUGCACACGUCCACCAAUUUUAUUCUACGCGGUGGUGACGCAGCAUUCGCCAAUAGACAGCGAAUGUUGUUCAAUGAGCUGUCGAUCGCAGAAAGUAAAUGCAAUAAACAUGAUAAAUCUGAGGAUGACAUGGAGACGAACGAACGCGGGAAGAGGCCAGCCUUGAGCGAUGACCGGAGGCAGAAGCGAGAAACGAAGAGAUUUCGCGGCAAAGAAAGCAUCUUUAAGCGUCCUGAGGGUCCGGCGCCACGCGCCAAUUUCAGAAGCAUUCCGGACUAUCACAGAAAUCCGCACAAGUGGGUCAAGUACAGUCUGGACGACGUGUCCAGCGAAGACAUGACGGAGCACAGUAACACGCAGGCAGCUAUGUCGUUCCUGAGAGAGCUGAAGGCGCGUAAGGAGAAAGAGAAGGUUGAUGAGUCUGAUGAGGAGAUGGACAUCGAGUCUUGCGAGUCAAAUGCAUCAGAUUCUACGGAGACACGAUUCAAGUCUAAGAAACGUGCGUUGUCAUCGCAAAUUACGUUCAGAAAACCGCGGGCAAGAGAGACAACGGAAGAUAGCGCGGUGAUUGUAGAGCUAGAUGAUAAGCCUGUAUUCAGAAGCAGUAAGAUUAUUCUGCCAGAAUAUGUGAUUGGACAGAAACCAAAGAGGUCGUGUAAACAGAAUCGGCCGGUUAAGGUCAAUCGCUCAAAAGAACUGAGAUUAGACCAUUUACAAGAACCAGAUGAAGAGGAAGAUGAUUAAAAAUGUAUAAAAAUGAUGAGAAACAGAGAUGAUAAGUGUAUAAAAUUAUUGUACACAAACACAAAUAUUAUGAACAUUUUUUAAACAAGAAAAUCAUGAAUGUUCAUGAAUAUUCUCCAAGUGUAUAAAACUUGUUGAAAGAGAUGCAUAUUAAUCUUGUGUUUGCAAUAUCUAGUACAAAGAUUACAUAUCACAUAUUGCAAGUAAAGAAUAAAAGUCUUUCAAUAUGUGUA